GCCGCGCACGCUCCGAUCCGAGCACAGUUCUCUUCGCUUUUCUUUUCGUUUUUCUUUUCGUUUUCGUUUCGCUUACCCACGGUACCAGUGAUUAAGAUCGCGGGAUUACUUUGUCUCCUGCUCCGUCUAGCGAACACGUGUCGAAGGAUUGAGUUCAUCGAAGGAGUAAUUAUAUCUGUGGAAGAAACUAUCACGAGGAAUCAGGAAGUGAAGUGAUGGCACAAGUGAUGCAGUAUCAACAGAUGUGCAUGCCGACAAUGUCUCCGAUGCCAGGCAUGACGCCAAUGUCUGGCCUCUCAAUGCCGAUGCAUCAACCCGCGGCUAUGGACUACGGAAGUCCGGGCAUCCAUUAUCAGCCGUACAAUCCUGCAUUAGGCAGUCAUCAUCUUCAGACCAGCCAAUCCAGCUACUGGUACCCUGGAUCCACGAGUCACGGUCAAAUUACCGAGCCGCUGACGCCGGCAGCGUACACGAUGCCAAGCGUACCAAGCAGCACCGCUUCGUGGACCACUCAAACGCAUCUCAGCCAGCCUCAGUUAACAACGAUCUCGGCGAUUCAGCAUUAUUCUUUGCCUCCAAGUCCCGCCGAACUUCCACCAAGCCCUCAGGAUCACCCUUCCCCGUAUCAGUGGCCGUUAACACCUCCAGCCGAACAUCAUUUGCUUGGCACGGACGAGGUUGGUAAAGCCGGCAGAAAAUGCACGAGAUGUCGAUGUCCAAACUGUCAGACGGAUAGCGGAGCUCAGUUGGGAAUCGACGGCAAGAGGCAACACGUGUGUCACGUGCCUGGAUGCGGUAAAGUGUACGGUAAAACCUCUCAUUUGAAGGCGCAUCUCAGGUGGCACACCGGCGAACGACCUUUCGUUUGCAACUGGUUGUUCUGCGGCAAACGAUUCACCAGGAGCGAUGAAUUGCAGCGUCAUCUUCGAACACAUACAGGCGAGAAGAGAUUCGCUUGUUCAACGUGCGGGAAAAGGUUCAUGAGGAGCGAUCAUUUAACGAAACACGUGAAAACGCACGAGAAUCAGAAGAGAAAAAGUUCCACGGCUAAGAAGGAAUCCAAUAAAGAGAAUUCGUUGAUCGCCGCGCCCAUCCAGAAUUCGUAUCCACCGACCGGCGGACAGUACACCAUGAUUUAGGAUUAGAAAGUCUCCAAAUUAUUAGAAUCGAGAAAGAAUAGUUUACGCUGUGCUAAACUAACACGACUGAUGGAUCACAGUGUGUCCGUCCUUGUAAAUAGUUGACCAAUGUUCC